CUGAAUAUUUUGUUUUGAAUAGUUUAUUUGCGAAGAAAUUUAGAAAUGUCUCUUAUUAAAAAUUUAAUCAAAGAGCCUGAAAUAAAAUCCAAGGUAAAACAUGAUUCUACAAAUAAUAGCGAUGAAGAAAAGAAAGUUAAACCCAUUAUUAAAUCUGCUCUUGAUUUACAACGUUUAAAAUUGGAGAAACUUAUGAAAAAUCCGGAUAAACCUGUAAUCAUUCCAGAACAUAGAAGGGAUAAAGAUUUCAUGCAAAGCGUACCGACAUUCGUUCGAAAUGUAAUGGGCUCAAGCGCUGGUGCAGGUUCCGGUGAAUUUCAUGUGUAUCGUCAUUUACGUAGAAAGGAAUAUGCGAGACAAAAAAUGAUUCAAUCAAAAAGUCAUCAAGAACUAUUGGAUGAUGAAUAUCAACAAAAAAUUGAAGACAAUCGUAGAAUAUCUGAAGAAAAAACCGCAAAAAAGAGAGCAAAACGUUUAAAAAAGAAAGGUCGUGGUAAAAGGACAAAACAGUCUGAUGCAAAAGACAAUGUUGCUAGUGAGGAUGAGAACAGCAAUGAUUCAGAGCCGGAAAUUGAAGAAAAUAAAGGAACAGAAAAUGAAGAUUUUAAUAAGGUAUCAAAUUCAGCACCAGACUUCAAUGUAGACAAAAACGAAAUAGCAAAUAAUGAUAAUACUAAUAAGCAAGAAGAAAAUUUAAAUAAAUGAAUGGUUGAAAUGAUAUAA